AUGGAUACUGAAACCCAACCGCAAGACCACGAUUUUGGCGCCCCUCAAUGGGUUGAUAUGGGAGGAUACGGUCAAUCCCAGCACCAUUCGCCAUUAAACGAUUAUAAUAGCUUUGCCUAUGGCUCCUCACCCGUCAUGCCAGUAGAACCUUCUUACAGCAUGUCGAUCCCACAACCAUAUACAUCCCAACAAUUGCUACCUUUGUCAACCCCGUCGCAGUGGCCGAGCAUGUUGACCACGCAGUCGAAUUUUCCACCAGUUCCUCUUCCACCAAUUCCGAUGUCCUCUAUGCCUAGUGUGCAUCCUAUUCACACGGCUCCAAUAUCAUCCAGUGCACCUACGCCGCGCAGAACUUUAACGGAUAAUGACCGACGUCGAAUGUGUUUAUAUCACGAAGACAAUCCACAUGUUAAGCAGACUGACAUUGGAGCCAUGUUUGGUGUGGAACGAAGUACCGUUUCCAAAGUUUUACGGCAGAAAGAAAAGUAUCUUUACCCCGAUGAUGGUAGCCGUUCGCCGAUUAAAAAGUCGAAAGGCAAAUUUCCGGACAUUGAGCGGGCUUUGUCAAAUUGGGUUAGGAACCAUCAACGCCAAGGUGGUCGGUUAAGCGAUGCUAUGAUCAAGGAGAAGGCUCUUUUCUUUGCAAGUACUGUUGGUGGUCCUGAAAAUCAUCAAAAGAUACUGAGCUCCAGUUGGCUGGAAAAAUUUAAACAGAAGAACUAUUUAAUAGGUACACAGUCACGAAAGGGCUCAGUUGAUACAGUGAAGGAACUAGAAAGCCCUAAGAAUGGGCUAUCCAACACGUCCUUGUCGAGCCAACACCCGAACGGCCUUUCUCCUCUGUCCCCAAGUGGAACGACAACUCUUUCUCCUCUAUCCCCAAAGCAGCAGCAAUCCUCUUUGAAGCAAGAGAGCUUCGAUGGAACCUUGUCUGAGUAUGCUUCUGAAUUCCGGAAUCAGUCGCUCUCUCAAAGCGCCAAUUCACUUGACAGAACAACAACACGUGCCACGACCGUAACCAGUCCUAAUUCGAUUGUUUUCUCUGAGAACCCUUUCAGUCCUGAAAAUCAAUCACGUGUAUCUCCAGACUUGGGCAGCAAUUCCAGUCGACCAAGAAGUCAGACAUUCCCGAUUGCCGGAGCAGAGCCAAGUUCAGUUGCCAACGGAUCGUCGGAUCACGCGUCACCUAAAAAUGUACUUCAGACAUCCACGUCCCCAGGUGUAGCCGACGAAGAACAUGGAAAUACUCGUCCAUCGUCGAGCGAGUCGUCAAGCAUCAAGAGGAAUCGCAGCAACCCAGAGAUCACAACCAGUUCCAUUCAACCCCCAUCUCUACCUAAAUCCUCCACCGUCUCUCCCAUUUCUUCCCCGGGUUCUCCUACCCACGAUGAGGCACGUCGUGCCCUGGAGCUGGUUGUUAAUUAUUUUAAUAACCAACCAACCGGCCUGGGCGCACAGGAGUACCUAACCAUCGGGAAGUUAAUGGAAAAGCUAGAGCUGGCUCAAAACCAAGCCGUUGGACAGCGAGGGCUGCCUCGCAUUGAUGAACAUGCUGACGGUCCCCGGGUGAGCAAGAAGAGAAGCAUACACACGCUAUAA